CACUCCCCCCACCCUCCCCUCAUCAUCGGCCCCUAUACUCCGCUUGUCCCUUGCGCUGACUGUCACACAUUGUUUACUACGGCUUGAAAUGUGACUCACAACAGAGGCUGUCUGCUGGAGUACCGCUCUGACAAGCAAGGGAUUCUGUUUUUCUUUUUUUUUCCUUUCUUUUUUGGACGCGCGCUGUGCGUCCUGAUUAUUUGGGGACGGGCUGUGGAGACUCCCCUUCUUCUGCCAUGACAGUGGAUUUGUUUGCGCUUCUAUGCGUGCUGCUCACCGCAUCAUCUGCGAUGGAAGUUUCGUUCGAGGCUGCAAACUUCCUCAGAGCUGACGCUGAUGGUGGCAUCACUUCCUACUCCGUUCCAUGAACGAAACUUAUAGCAAGAGACAUUGAUGGACACUCGGGUGGCCACAGCAGAGCUGGGCUGGACGGCCUAUCCUAACUCUGGGUGGGAGGAAGUGAGUGGCUAUGAUGAAAACCUUAACACCAUCAGGACCUACCAGGUGUGUAAUGUCUUUGAUUCCAGUCAAAACAACUGGCUUCUCACCACCUUCAUCGAUCGCCGUGGAGCACAACGCAUCUACGUGGAGAUACGAUUCACCGUACGAGACUGCAGCUCCAUCCCGAACGUCCCCGGCUCCUGCAAGGAGACGUUUAAUCUGUACUACUAUGAAACCGAUUCUGUCAUCGCCACCAAAGGCUCAGCCUUCUGGAUGGAAGCCCCUUAUCUCAAGGUGGACACCAUUGCUGCAGAUGAAAGCUUCUCACAAGUAGACUUUGGUGGACGCCUGAUGAAAGUCAACACGGAGGUGCGCAGCUUUGGUCCACUGUCCAAAAAUGGCUUCUAUCUGGCCUUUCAGGAUUAUGGUGCAUGCAUGUCGCUGCUAUCAGUCAGGGUGUUUUACAAAAAGUGUCCAAGCGUGGUGCAGAACUUUGCAAUCUUCCCAGAAACCAUGACCGGGGCUGAAAGCACAUCCCUGGUGAUUGCCAGAGGGAUCUGCAUCCCCAACUCAGAGGAAGUCGAUGUGCCUAUAAAGCUCUACUGUAAUGGAGAUGGAGAAUGGAUGGUUCCUAUUGGCAGCUGUACGUGCAAAGCCGGAUUUGAACCUGACAAUGGCAACGUUUGUCGCGCAUGCCCACCAGGUACCUUCAAGUCAACACAAGGCCCAGGUCUCUGUCUCCAGUGUCCACCCAACAGUCGCUCCACAGCUGAGGCUGCCACCGUCUGUGUGUGUCGUAAUGGCUACUACCGCGGGGACGCUGAUCAACCAGAUGAACCCUGCACCAGUGUUCCAUCCAGCCCAAGAAAUGUGAUCUCCAUUGUGAAUGAGACCUCGGUCAUCCUGGAGUGGCACUCUCCCAGGGAGACGGGUGGACGGGACGAUGUCGUCUACAAUAUCGUUUGCAAGAAGUGCCGAGCCGACCGGCGUUCUUGUUCCCACUGCGAUGACAAUGUGGAUUUUGUUCCUCGACAGCUGGGUCUGACAGAAACCAGGGUCUUCAUCAGUAACCUACUCGCUCACGCCCUUUACAGCUUUGAGAUACAAGCUGUGAAUGGUGUUAGCAACAAGAGUCCAUACCCAGCUCAGCACGUCACCAUAGACAUCACUACCAACCAGGCUGCUCCAUCAAUAGUUCCCAUCAUGCACCAAAUCAGCUCCACCAUGAACAGCUUCACACUAUCAUGGCCCCAACCAGAACAACCAAAUGGCAUAAUUCUGGAUUAUGAGCUGCGUUACUAUGAGAAGGAUCAUGCAGAGAUCAACUCCACUGUACUGCGUAGCCAAACUAAUACGGCGCGUGUGGAGGGCCUGAGGCCGGGCACGGUAUAUGUGGUACAGGUGCGGGCACGGACUGUGGCCGGCUUUGGCAAAUUCAGCAGCAAGAUGUGCUUCCAAACCCUCACAGAUGAAGACUUCAAGUCUGAGCUGAGGGAACAGCUUCCUCUGAUUGCCGGAUCAGCAGCUGCUGGAGUGGUCUUUAUUGUUUCCCUUAUUGCCAUCUCCAUUGUAUGCAGCAGGAAAAGAGCAUACAGCAAGGAGGCGGUGUACAGUGACAAGCUGCAGCAUUACAGCACAGGAAGAGAACUCUCUUUGCGAGCCGACAUGUCUAACUGCCCCUCCCCGCUGGGCUGCCCGACCCACUUCUCAGGCUCACCAGGAAUGAAGAUCUACAUUGACCCCUUCACCUAUGAGGACCCAAACGAAGCUGUGCGAGAAUUCGCCAAGGAGAUCGAUGUCUCCACUGUUAAGAUUGAGGAGGUCAUUGGUGCAGGGGAGUUUGGGGAAGUGUAUAAGGGACGUUUGAAGCUACCUGGCAAGAGGGAGAUCUACGUAGCCAUCAAGACCCUGAAGGCUGGCUAUGUGGAGAAGCAGAGGCGUGACUUCCUGUCUGAGGCAUCAAUCAUGGGCCAGUUUGACCAUCCAAACAUAAUUCGUCUGGAGGGUGUAGUCACAAAGAGUCGUCCAGUCAUGAUUGUCACAGAAUUUAUGGAGAAUGGUGCCCUUGACUCUUUCCUUAGAAAAAAUGAUGGUCAGUUCACAGUGAUCCAACUGGUAGGAAUGCUGCGUGGGAUCUCAGCGGGAAUGAAAUAUCUCUCAGAAAUGAAUUAUGUCCAUCGUGAUUUGGCCGCACGAAACAUUCUUGUCAACAGUAACUUGGUGUGUAAAGUGUCCGACUUCGGUCUGUCACGUUACCUACAGGAAGACACGUCUGAUCCCAGCUAUACGAGUUCUCUGGGUGGAAAGAUACCCGUAAGGUGGACGGCACCAGAGGCCAUCGCUUACAGAAAGUUUACCUCAGCCAGUGAUGUGUGGAGCUACGGCAUCGUCAUGUGGGAGGUGAUGUCAUAUGGAGAGAGGCCCUACUGGGACAUGUCCAACCAGGAUGUGAUCAAUGCAAUUGAACAGGACUACCGUUUACCACCGCCCAUGGACUGUCCCAGUGCCUUGCACCAGUUGAUGCUGGACUGUUGGCAGAAAGACCGCAAUGUACGACCUCGCUUUGCAGACAUCGUCAGUACUCUUGACAAAAUGAUCCGUAACCCCACCAGCCUCAAAGCUGUAGCCAACAUUCCUGCAGUGCCUUCCCAGCCGCUGUUGGACAGAUCCAUACCUGACUUUAACACAUUCAGUUCUGUGGAGGACUGGCUUGGUGCCAUCAAGAUGAGCCAGUACCGAGACAACUUUCUCAACUCAGGCUUCACCUCCUUGCAGCUGGUGACUCAGAUGACCUCAGAGGACUUGCUUAGAAUAGGAGUGACCCUAGCAGGCCACCAGAAGAAAAUCCUUAGUAAUAUCCAGUCUAUGAGGGUGCAGAUGAGCCAGUCACCUACAACUUUGGCAUGACUACAGGGGGCGCUGUGCCACGGAAAGGGCAGCAUUCACAGGACUAACAGCAGCAGUCCUCGAAUGACCCCCGAUCCAUCGGAACGCGCCAGAGUCGAGACUAUCGUCCUAAUCUGAUCCACUAGCAUGGCAACAGGAGACCAGGGUCUACAUUUCCCACAUGGAGAAUGGCUUUCACACUUCCUGCUAUCCAACCGAGGCAUUCAGGGUCAUGACCUGGUACCGUUUCCUCGUACAUCACCAAAAGGAAGAUGAACGUAAAGUGUUGUGGUUUCGAACUGCAUUUGGUGUCAUCAUAAACCAAAAUGACUCCCAACAAUCAGACACAGGGAAGAACUUGCAAAUUCGAUCUUUGUGGUAUAAUGAGUGUUCUUCUAUAUCACCUGGACUUAAAAAAUGACGUUACAACUGUAGACACAAGUGUGAGACAUUUGAAAACCUGUGACAUGCAACUUUACUCAUACUGUUGUCGAGUCUGUGAAAUGAAGAUGCCUUCACCUGAUGAGAAACACGGCCAAGAAGACGAUGGAUAAAAGUACUGUUGGUAGAAAUGACUUGGGGGGGAGACUUAUACAGGGAUGUACAGCGGAGCACCAUUUCCAACUUUUAAAUUUCUUUGUUCGGUAUCUUCUGAAGACUUUUUUUUAAUAAUAUACCUUAAAUAAACAAAAAUGAUAGCUAUUUUGUGGGAUUUUACGAUCCAUAUGUUUUGCCACUAUAGCAAGAUGCCGCCCAUUUGUCUUUAACUUAAACACUACCUGUGGAGGUCCGGUCUAACCUACUUCACCCAGAGAAUAUCAAUAUGUUUAUCACCUACUAAAUAUGAUUAUAUCUUUCAGAAUAAACCUUCAUAUUGAAGGUGUUAUAUAUGAUUAUGUAUGUACAGAACUCUUGGCUUGCAUUUUUGGCAAAGACAUGUUGACUCGAUUGUGAUAGACACAUGCAAUGUGUUGUUUCCCCGUAAUGCUCUGGGUUUCCUCAUGGCAGCUGAACAACGGACGAUUAGUUGUGCACCUCCAUGCUGCAGGAGCGCCGCAGUGAUUAGUGACUGAAUCUUAACUGAGGAAAAUGUUAAAAUAUUCAUGGAUAAAGAACUGUUGUUGUAGAUCUGUAUGAAAAUUGUUGUAGGAGUUAAAACGAUGGAGAAAAAAAAGAUCAAGAUCCAUUUACUGGAGAUCAUGUUAAACGUGGGUGUACACAUGCUGUGUCUUGCUGGUGAGCACUUACAUGUACAGUUACGUGUCAUGUUUCAUUUGCCUUUUAGACUUGUUUGUGUUGGGAUUAGUGGACACGGCAUGGAGGAUAAUGAAGCCUUGGCCGACACAAAGCUGCGGUAAUCAGCUGCUGGUCACAUAGGGAAAAGUUCCUCAAAUUACUCCAAAUCUAGUUGAUUCUAUUUGAGGGAAAUCCAAGUUAGUGCUUCUCUGGAGUGCUAAGACAGAAUUUUCUGCCAAUUUGAAAUGCAUGGGAGAGCAGCUAAUCAAGGCAUUGGAAAUCAGGGUGAAUCAGCGUCACUUCUCAACACAGUGAAAGCGAACAUCUGGGCCGAGGUUUGCCAACAAGCACCUAACGCCAUUUCAAUGAACACCCAGACUUCAACAGCCCUCAUGGGCACACUACUCACAAUUCAACACAACCUUAUAUUACACUGCAGUAGUUUAUCUAUGCACCCUCAGUGCAUGCUCUUACCAUAUGGAAGGGCAAGUAGAAGCCAAAUGUCAUGCUACUGAAGAGAGUUUCAUUCAUAUCUGAAAGUUCUCCCAAAGGAUGUCGUUUCUGACAGCCUGUAAAAUGACUUCUUGGUGUUGCUGGUUAUAUUUAGACAGUUCUGGGUACUGCACAAACAAAAUUUAUCAUUCUUAGUUUGGAUUUGUGCUUUUGAUUGCACUUUUUGUCAGUCUGUGCAAAGUUAUGAUGCCAGAGAAGAAAAAGUAGUUUUAAAGUGACAAUGUGUAGUUUUUCCGUUAAUCUAUGGAAAUAUCCAUCGGAACAUUGUUUAAAGUUAAUUAAUUUAUGUCCAGUUGUGGAAAAAAAUUGGCGGCUUCAUAAAAUAUAAAAAAAAUAUGAAAAAUCGAGUCUAAUCUACAUGUAUCUGGGCGACGCCAUAUUAGAUGCCAGGUUUCCUUCUACCGGAGCCUGUGAGGAUUUGUAACAAACUGUUCAAAAACUUUCACCAUUCACGAACAUUGUUGUUUUACACAUUUACCUCUUCACUCAUUGCCAGUGCUGAAAGGGAGUCUGAUGUUUUUGUCAUUUUUGCUGGAAAUUGAACAAUUUGACAAAAUACUCGUUUGAAAAUUAAGCUCCCCAGGAUAUUUGACCCUAAUAGCCAUUCGUUGGUAAGGUCUUACUCAAACACAAAAAUACUGCUUGCUUGCAAUGAAUUAGGCAUGCCUUGCCCCCUACCAACAGGGAAAAUACACACUGUCACUUUAACUUUUUAGCUUUUACGAUGGUUUCUUAUUACAUUUCCUGUCAUCGUUACUGGUUUCAAACUUGUGUAUUAUGACAAGAAAAGCAAUUUUGUCUUUUUUUAGCAUUUUGUCACAUGGUAAAAUAAGGUGAACAGAGAUGGUCAUUAGGACUUUAAAAAUAAUGUUUCGCAAAUUUUGCCAGAACUGUAAGCUAUGCGGACAGUUUUGUCUUCAGAAUUCAACCUACUAAGGCCCAGUUUUCAGAGUAGUAGGAAUUUUAACUAAACUCAGCUCUUCCACCAUUUUAGUCUCUCUUCUUCUGUUGUGCCCCCUCUCCUGCUUAAACCUGAGCUAGCUGGCCGAUAUCCAGCUUAUUUAUCCUGGGUGCAACCAAGCUGUCCAGGGCUCUGUCUGGAGUUGGACUGGACUAGAGAAAUAGUUGGCGCCAUGCUUCACUGGGCCCAUGCAUGGUGCAAACACCUGCUAAGACCGCUGUGUGAUGGCCAUCUGAUCAAAUGUAAGGAGGAAGAGUGAUGGGACCAUACAAUAGCUAACAUCCCUCUAACGUGAUUUAAAGGCAAACGCUUAAUGAGAAGAAAGUAUGCUAAGACGACAAGUCAAUCAAGACGAGUCGGUUUACAGGAGGCUGAUGUUGCAAAGAAUUUAUGAAAAUCAGUACGUCGGCUCAUUCAAGUGAAUUAGUCUCCUUUUAGCUUAUGUUGUAACAUCGCCUUCAUGACAUGAAUAAUAAACUUUUGGUAUCUUUUAGCUUUGGAAAAUAUAUAAUCAAGCAAAUGAGCUGCCUUUGUGGCAAAAGCAAUCGCUCCUAAAAUUGUCCAUUUACUAAGUAAAAAUACAGGCUUAGAUAUCACAGAUUGGAUCAGUUUGAAUGUCUUCGUUUUCUUUUGAAAUCAGUCCAAUGUUUUAUUUUUUUAAGUCACAGCAGCUGAUAAAUGAGACGGUGAAUGAAUUCAUUUUGCAACCAUUUAACUGUUUUACCUUCAUUUGCUACGUUUGUCUUACUAAAUAUUUCUUUUUUUACUUUAAUGACACUCCAGUGUAAUCAGUGGAGAGGCAGUUUACAGUCCUCCCCUCUGAAGGCAGGUUUACACAGAAGCCAUUUAUCACACACGGAUACAAAACACAAGAACGGAGCUUGUUAAGUGUUUCAUGGCACAGUAACUGUCCGAGAAGUGUACAACGACCCUUUUAGUACCUCUAAUCAUGUUUUUAUUUAUGGAUCAGAGGAGCUGAAGCUGAGUUCACCUGGAAACAACCCAACAGGUCUCCCUGCAAAGAAUACACCCAUUAAACAGCACACUGUCCCCCUUCAGUUUCAAAACUUAAAGAUUUACACACUAAUAAAACUGCCUUCAGCUGGCACCACACAUUAACACACACACAGUACACAUAAAAAAGUAUUGUUGUGGCUGGCCAGUGGGGAGAACAAUUGGAUGAAAUGGACCGUUUCCCAAAUUGAAGUCACAAUCUCGCUCUGUGGUACGGAUUUAAUACGAGAAAUGGUAGUGAGUGUGUAUAUGUCCUUGUUUGUGCGUGUGUGUGUGUGUGUGUGUGUGUGUGUGUGUGUGUGUGUGUGUGUGUGUGUGUGUGUGUGUGUGUGUGUGUGUGUGUGUGUGUGUGUGUGUGUGUGUGAUUUGUGCAGAUCAGACACGUUUAUGUGUGCAGACACUAUCGUGUGCACAGGUACAUUGCUGAUGAGCGAUUGUUUUUCUUCCUUUUCAUAUGUUUCUGUAUAGCUGCCACUUGUAAAUUGUGAACAAAAAGUAUGUGUCAAAAAGUUUGUAAGAUGUAACUUUCUGAAAAACUAUUGUACUAAAAUGCACUUAAUAAACGCCUUGGAAAACAAGUCAA